AUGAAAAGCGUUGAAGGCAAAGCGGUCUGCGACAGCGCGCCGGCUACGGGCGGCGUGAAGAAGCCGCACCGCUACCGGCCCGGCACGGUGGCCCUGCACGAGAUCCCCCGCUACCAGAAGUCCACGGAGCUGUUGAUCCGCAAGCUGCCGUUCCAGCGCCUGGUGCGCGAGAUCGCGCAGGACUUCAAGACCGACCUGCGCUUCCAGAGCUCGGCCGUGAUGGCGCUGCAGGAGGAGUGCGAGGCCUACCUGGUGGGGCUCUUCGAGGACACCAACCUGUGUGCCAUCCGCGCCAAGCGCGUCACCAUCAUGCCCGAGGACAUCCAUCUUUUAAAGAGAUUGCAAAGAGAGAGAAAAAAAAUCUCACUCUUUUAUAUAGGUAAGUAG